AAAGUUAAAAACACACGCUAGUUGUUUUGUAUUUCAAGUCUUAACAAAAUAAUCUACUAGAAUGUUGUUUAUAAAUUGAUUGUGUUAAAUUAAUCGGUUGUAACUUUAGCCAUAUCUUUGAAUUCUUGGUAAUUCCACCUGAUUGGCGUGGUGUGAGUGCUGUGAAGUCCGCCAACCAAUCACGUUACAGCAGCCAUAUUUGUGUUUUAACUUCGCGCUCGUCGGUCACAAAAACCGGAGAAAAGAGUGUUAUCACCAUGCAUUCGCGCUCUGCAAGACCCAGAGAGAGGUGCGUCUUCUCUUUGAUCGUUCUUUGUGUCUUUGUACACAUCUUGGUCUUGAAAGCCGCUUUCGACAUCUAUUUCUCAAGCCCCAUCGAUUAUGGCAUGACCCCCAUGAAAUCAACGGAAGAACCGCCGGCUAAACGCUUGGUUUUCAUUGUUGCUGAUGGUCUCAGAGCUGAAGGAAUUUUUGGAAAGGGACAGGCUAUAAGAGCUCCAAAUUUGACUAAAAUACGCAAAAGUCGCGCUUCGUGGGGCGUCGCUCAUACGAGAAUCCCGACGGAAUCGCGCUCCGGACAUGUGGCUUUGCUAGCAGGAAUUUUCGAGGACCCUGCAGCGAUUUUUCUAGGAUGGUCUGGAAAUCCUGUCAAUUUUGAUUCAGUUAUUAACCAGAGUACGAACGCGUGGUGCUGGGGUAGUCCUCAUAUCGUCCAUAUGUUCAACAAAGAUAACCUACCGCAUAUUCAUUCCUACUCUUUUGAUUCUGUGGUCCAAGAUUUCCGAAAAAAUGACACGAUUUUGAUGGAUAGUUGGGUCUUUGACCAAGUCCAUGAUUUUAUUGAGGAAAAAAUGAAAUGUGAAGAUUGUUGCGAUUUUCAUGAAUCUGGAAAUGUGUUUUUCUUACACUUACGAGGAGUCCACACAGCUGGUCAUGACUUUAAACCAAACUCAUUAGAAUAUAAAAAUAUCAAAUUCGUCGAUAGUAUCAUUCCAAAAGUUGAGAAACUCUUUGAGACGGCAUUUCCGGACAAAUCCACCGCGUAUGUUUUUACUUCUGAUCAUGGAAUGACAAACUCGGGGUCUCACGGUGCGGGAUCCAAAAACGAAACUGAAAUUCCUUUCAUAGCGUGGGGUGCUGGAAUUAAAAUUGAAGAUAUGCGAAAAGAUAUCAGACAGGUUGAUGUUGCGCCCUUAAUUUCGGCUCUGAUCGGUAUAAAUUACCCCAUAAAUUCAGUCGGGACUUUACCUCGUGAUUUGAUUGAUACUUCUGAGGAAAAUUUAAGUGAGAUGUUGUUUUCAAAUGUUCGGCAAUUGACGGAAAUAUAUUUGGUAAAAAAACGGCGAAGGAUGAACAAUGCGAUUCGUUUCAUACCUUAUCAGGGUAUCGGUUACGACAUGAUUUCGGCUAAAUUAAGACAGUUGGAGGAUUUAUUAGAUGACAAAAAAUUUGCAAAAUUUAAUCAUGAAUGCGAAUUGUUUAUCACCUAUCUGAUCCAAGGUGCUGAUUAUUAUCAUAAUUAUUACCAGGUUCCUAUCCUAAUUGCCGUAACAAUCGGACUUGCUGCUUUUAUAAUUUAUGUAGCCAUUUAUAAUAUGCCAGUACGACGACACUCUCGACUCACUGCGAAAAUCAUUCGAUUUAUAGAAAUAUUUCUCUUCAUUCCGACGUAUCUGAACACUUUAUUUAUCCUAAACGUCCAAGCUUUGCCAUUGAUGUAUUACUUGUAUUUUCUAUUUCCUCUUGGCAUGAUUCACGCACUUGUACGCCAGUACCCUCAAAUUGCAGAAGCAACGAAAUACAUAAAGCGUUACGGCGUUAAGGAUACUGUCACUAAUUUUGUUUUGUACAUCGCCGGACUUCGACUAUUAGUUCAAACGCUUCAUGACCGUGUGGCUUUGACUGUGAUAAUGAUAUUCAUGGGCAUGGCGGUAUAUUUCUCAACAUCAUUGAGAAGAAAUACAAUUGGACCGCAAAAAAUUACUUGGGUUACGGCAACGAUAUUAUUGGCUAGCUUUCCGUUGAUGCCGAUUAUGAGGACAGCGAUCAACUUUACUGUUUACAUGAUGGGGUAUGUUUUGUGGUGGAUGACUAUGGAUAAGUUAAUAGCACGUCAAUUAGAAUAUCCUUUUUAUAAUUUGAGACUGGUGGAAGUAGUUGAUUUGCAGCAUAUUAUUUUUAAAAUAACACCAUUGUAUACUUUGGCGGUGCAGGCUGGUAUUGUUGCAUCUGACUCACACUGGAAAUAUCUUGCAUGGAUUUGGGCCUUUUAUCCCAUUGCCAUUAUCCCUUGCUCGUCACCUCACAUUUUUGUCCGUCUUACAAGCAUUUUUAUUGGUUUUGCGCCGUUUUAUUUAAUGGUAACCACUAACUUUGAAGUCUUGUUUUUGAUGAUUUUUGUUUUGUGGCUGUACGCUUGGCUAAUGAUUGAAAGUAAAUGCUAUGGUCAUCAAACUAUUUAUCGCCUGACUUUUACGGAAGAAUUUGAACCUAAUCGUAGACCGACUGCUAAUGAUUUUCGACGAGGCUUCUUUUUUUUGGUUAUGAUCUUCAUGGGUUUCUUCGGUACUGGAAGCAUUGCAAGUGUCAGCUCUUUUGAUCCGAUGUGGGUUCGUAGCUUUUUAACUGUUUAUAGUCCGUUGACAAUGGCAGGGUUAAUACUUUUGAGAGUUGUAAUACCGUUUAUAUACACAAGUUGUACUUUCCGCGCUAUCAACAUUUUCCGUAAGGGAAGCACCCUGAGCAUGUUUUGCAUAAUUUUGAUGUUUUCGGAUGUAAUGCUCAUGGAACUUUUCUUCACUAUCACUAACAUUGGAACUUGGCUAGAAAUUGGUACCAGUUUUUCACGCUUUAUCAUUAUGCAGCUGUUUGUUUUGGCACUCUUGGUGUUGUACGGAUUGGGUUAUUACUUAACCACUAUUGUCUACACACUUAGACUAAAUUAUGUUUUGUAUCAUUACUAGAUUACUGACUCUGACUCGCAAAUGUCAGAUAUUUGUUGUCUAUAAGACAUCUUUUGUUCAAUUUUAGUAUAGGUUUUUUGCUCGUUUAUAUUAUUCUAGUUAGUAGGUUUUCUUGUACUACAAGUAUUAUCAUUCAGUAUUAGUGUUCUUGCAUAAGAGUCAUAAGACUGUAUUUUGAUAUUAUUUUUGUGUUCAGUUUUUAAUAAAUUUGUGUUCG